CUUAAAUCGCUUCCAGUUCUUUGAAUUAGACUUUUACCUUCGACCAACAAAAGCUCGAGGGGCAGUGAACUAAACAGCGAAUAUUAAAUCAAUUCAUCUCAUAUUUGCUCACGUUAACCAUGAAGAUUUGGGCGACCUAAAGUCACCCCUCGCGCAACGAGCGCGCUCCGCAUCAAACCCCGACUAAAGACAAGCUCGAAGAUCCACAUCAUCCGCUAUGGAAGAUCCAGAGAUAAUAGAGUACCACUACUACUACCCGCCAGGAGUCAAGCGUGUCAUUGCAGUCGGGACCAGCGCCUUUAUAGGGGAAGUCGACAGCUCGACCGUCCUCAAGUACCCUCUCCAGCCAGGCGGUGACAUGAGCCGUCUUAAGCACGAAUACAGAUUGCUCAGUCUACUUGGUCAACAUUCGCGAAUUAUUGCACAAAAGGGGCUCACAGAUAUUGGAUUAUUCCUCGAGCGUGCGACCAACGAUACGAUAUACAAGUAUCUCACUGAGGCGGAUCACAGGCCUCCGACCCUUCAGCAGCGUGUAGCCUGGUGUCGCGAGGUUGCUGAAGCGGUGGAGUAUGUACAUUCAAAAGAUGUAAUUCAUUGCGACAUUCAGCCAACAAACGUCUUAGUCGACAAGGAUCUUCACAUCAAGCUUUCCGAUUUCCAAGGCAACUACAUCUCCGAGAACGGCGAGAUCGUCUAUGGGUGGUCCGGCGAACCAUGCAGGUACUUCUGCCCUCGAGAUGAUGAAUUCGAAUCUACUCCAAAGACCGACCUCUUUGCGCUUGGAUCUACGAUCUACUUCAUAAUGACUGGUCAUGAAGUUUUCCCCGAUAUUGUGAGUGGAGAGGAUGGAUGGCACGAGAAAGUCAUAUCUCGUUUUGCAAGCGGCGAUUUUCCAAGCGAUUCUCAUGCUUUUCAAAAAGUUACACAAAAGUGCUGGAAUUGCCGAUAUGAUUCUGCAAGCGAACUACUAGAGGACAUAAGGGAUAUCGAGAAGCCGUUGAUAUCUGGUUCAGGCCAUUAGAUUCCCAUAAGAUUUCCACAGAAAUUUGGAGAGAAAACAGCUAUUUGGUUCCAAUUUAAGAAGUAGCUGCAUCCAUGUUUAAUGGCGCCUCUCCCUUAUGUACGAUGAAUGAAGCACACCGAUCUUCUUGCAAUCCAACAACACAUGAAUAACGCGUUGCCCUGGGUGAGAGGCCCAUUCGACUAACACUUAGGACACAAGUGUCCCGGCACUUUGAUCAGACUGGUUCCUGUAUAAACAUCCUUAUAUCCUGUAUGCUCGCUCUCGCUGCAGGUCACCAAAGUAAUUGUUUCCUUUUCAUGUUUUGGUGUGGCAGUACAGUUGAGCCACUUGGUUUUUGUAAUGCGUCGCUGACAUGUGCAAGGCAUCGUAA